GGCCAGUUUUGGUGGUGUAGGUAAAAGUGUGAACCGUGCGGAUUCUCCACGGCCCUGAGCGGGCCGGGACUCUCGGCGUCAAAUUGCGCGCCGUUUGUUUCCUCCAACGCUCAUCUAUUCACAGUAUCGGAAUGCCCUCCAAGCCACAAACCUCAACCCUACCUAGCGUAUUCUUCUCGAAAAAGUAGCUUCCGCUUUGGUGACUUUGUCGUUGACUCAUUCGAUCCAUGACCUCGUAUCAAUCAUCUCAGGAACGGCCGCUCAAUAUCCUUGUGAUCCAAGUUGCAAUUGGUUACAUUUUUUUCGGUGCGGAAUUUUCAUUGACAAGCACAUCAUGGUCACCGUUGGGCUAGAAGUUGAUCGAUGAAGGCCAAAUUUCGGGAUUGGGAUGUGAUGUGUCUCCAUGACUGCUUGUUUCCAUGGGUUCAAUUUCUCGAAUUGGUAGCUUGGGAACUUGUUGAAAGCUACCGCAAAACUCCCGCGCCGAACAAUAGAGUUAUCGAUCAAAGACUGGGUUCAUUUGACCUUUCCGAGGGAAGUUUUGAUUUAAAAAGUCUCGCAUCUAAAUCGUCGGGAACCCCACAAGAUGCCUCUCGCUUCCCUUGAUCAAGUGCAAAACCAGUCGUUUGACUAUAUCGUUAUUGGUGGCGGAACAGCGGGACUAACUGUAGCAUCCCGACUUUCUGAAGACUCGGGAGUAUCAGUCCUCGUACUCGACGCAGGAAGUCCGAAUCUCAAUGAAUCUCUGAUCUCCCGCCCAGGCCAGUUCGGAUUUCAGUUUGGCAACCCUCAGUUCGAUUGGGGGUUCAAAACGGUUCCUCAGGAGCGUGCGGGAGGCAAUCAGUAUGAUUGGAAUCGCGGAAAGAGUCUCGGAGGAAGUUCUGCAAUGAACUUUUCGUGCUGGACGCUUCCCGCUGAACAAGACAUUAAUGCUUGGGAAAGACUGGGAAACAAAGGAUGGAAUUGGGAAAAUUACCUGAAAUAUCACUACAAGGCUGUUAGAUAUGUACCGCUUGAUACUACCCAUGACAACCUAGAGGUUCGGGGACGUGACCCAGAAUCAUUGAAAGUAUGGGAUCUUAACCAGCAUCCUUCUGGAACGGGUCCACUGGCUAUAUCUCACACCCGUACAUUACUCGAUAUUGACGUGAAGGCCUCCGAGGCUUUCAUACACGCAGGAAUACCAAGAGCUCCCGCACCUUAUCAUGGCAAUCCGGAAGGAUAUUAUCUUAUGCUCAAUAGUGUUAACCCAAAGACUCAUUUGCGAACCUACGCAGCGAGCGCGUAUUUCACACCGGUAUCCGAUCGAUCGAACUUGGUCGUCCUUUCAACUGCGUACGCACAUAGGAUUGUCACUAACGGGGAAGGAGACGGGAACAUCGUCGCGAGCGGAGUGGAGUUUAGCUAUGGGGAGGAUAAGUCUGUCUGUGUUGCUCAUGCCAAAAAGGAAGUUAUACUCUCUGCAGGGGCAAUCAAGUCGCCUCAGAUUCUUGAGCUAUCCGGUAUUGGCCGUGAAGAUAUCUUGACCAAGAUCGGCGUUCCAAUCAAGGUGUCUCUUCCUGGGGUGGGCGAGAAUGUUCAGGAACAUUUAUUCGUUCCUGCGACCUUUGAGUUGAAGGAUUCUACCACAGAAACGCUGGAUGUUCUGCGAGACGAGAAGGAAACAGCUAAACAAGUCGAACUUCUAUUGAAAGGCCAGGGCGUUUAUACCAGCGGGAUUACGAACAUUGCAUGGCUUUCGUUUGCAGAUGUUACGCCUCGAUCAGAAAAUCUUAUUGAUGAGGAGAGCAAACGGAUAGAUGAAGAUAUCAAAAACAAUGUAUAUCCACCCGGAUUGACUGACCAGUACAAGAUCCAACUAGAGCGUAUUCGAAACAAGGCCCCGGGGUGUGAAUUUACAAGUUUGGCGGGAUUCCUUGCGUUCAACACCCCACCUCUUCCCAAUAAGCGAUAUGUUUCAUUAUUUUGUUUCCUCAAUCAUCCUUUCACGAGGGGCACCAUCCACGCAUCGUCCAACGAUCCGUUCGCGAAUCCGGAUAUGGACCCUCAUUACUUUGAGCAUGAGAUCGACAGGCAGACUUUGGUUGCUGGGAUACAGUUCGUCAGAAAAAUUGCUAAGACACCGCCUUUGCGAGACGAGAUUGCUGUGGAAUAUUCUCCCGGACCUGACAUUGAAACGGACGAACAGUUGACAGAAUGGGUACACAAGGGGAUGGCUACCACAUACCACACUGCCGGAUCUUGUUCGAUGUUACCCAGGGAGCACAAUGGAGUAGUGGAUACGCAUCUAAAGGUCUAUGGAACCAAGAACAUCCGAGUCGUUGAUUUAUCUAUCGUUCCACUCCAUAUCGCCUCCCAUCCACAAGCUACCGUCUAUUCAAUCGCUGAACAGGCGUCGGAUAUUAUCAGAGGCAUGUUCAGUCCCUGAUAACUCUGUAAUUGCAAUGCUGGCUUGGCGAUUCUUUGAAUAUUGUUCCUGUGGCGCAACUUGAACUACUGGAGUAGGCACUAAAAGGCUUCCUCGGUGUUUUCUAAUUUUGUUUUCCCACCAUGCACUUCAUGUCUUGUUACAGAAUUGUUCAACAGAUGAUGAUGUACCUGGCCAUUA